AGAGCACAUUCUCUCUCCUUCUCUUCUUUUUCUUCUCUUUCUCUCUCCCUCUCUGGUUCACCAGGAAGAAACUGUGUCUUUCGCACUGCAUGUGCUUAUGAUGGUGGCGGUGAAAGAAGAAAGAAGCAUGGAAGAAGGGCUUUUAAAGCUCAAGAACCAAAACGACCCUUCAGACUGUCGUAUUACGGCCUGUGUUUUCCUCAGCACUUUCGUAGCCAUCUGUGGCUCCUUCUCCUUUGGAGUUUCUGUUGGUUAUACUUCAGGUGCUGAGGUAGGAAUGAUAAAAGAUAUGGGCCUUUCUAUGGCAGAAUUUUCGGCGUUUGGUUCUUUCUCGACGUUGGGAGCAACAUUCGGUGCGUUGUUCAGCGGUAAAAUGGCGAUCAUGCUAGGAAGAAAAGGAACAAUGUGGGUAUCCGAUAUACUCUGCAUCACUGGUUGGCUGUGCAUCGCUUUCGCUAAGGAUGUGUUGUGGCUGAACAUCGGAAGAUUCUCAUCAGGGAUAGGACUCGGCUUGAUUAGCUAUGUGGUACCCGUCUACAUAGCAGAAAUUACGCCAAAACAUGUUCGCGGCACAUUUACCUUUUCAAACCAGCUUCUUCAAAACUGUGGACUCGCCAUGGUUUAUUUUUGUGGGAAUUUCAUCAACUGGAGGAUGAUGGCUUUACUAGGUAGCUUGCCAUGCUUCAUUCAAGGAAUCGGUUUAUUCUUCGUACCAGAGUCCCCAAGAUGGCUGGCAAAAGUUGGUACGGAUAAAGAACUAGAAAAUUCACUGCUUCGGCUUAGAGGGAGAGCUGCUGAUAUCUCAACUGAAGCCUCAGAGAUUCAAGUUAUGACCAAAAUGCUAGAAAGUGAUUCAAAGUCGAGUUUCAGUGAUUUGUUGCAGAGAAAGUAUAGACACACUCUCGUGGUAGGAAUUGGGCUAAUGUUAAUACAACAAUUCUCAGGAAGUACUGCUGUAGUAUAUUAUGCAAACACUAUUUUUAGAAAAGCUGAUGAACAUGCCAAUAUGGUAACGAAAGGCCCUAUCACAUUCGCGGUUAAGCUCACUCAAUUAAGCAAAUAUUGUCUGUAA